AUGAAUCCUUUUAACAAAGACGAGAGGGAGCAAGCAGACAAACUUGCGGACCAAGUGAGGAUCUUAUGCCUCGUUACGACAAUGGAGUCUAACCACGAGAAAAAAGCAGUUCACCUUAAAAACACUUGGGGAAGGAAGUGUAACAAACUCAUCUUCAUGAGUACAAAAGACGAUCCAUUGCUGGGAGCCAUCGAUGCGAAUGUACCGCAGGGCAAGAAGUACCAAUGGGGGAAGACAAAAACGUCUCUCAAGUACGUGUUUGACCAUCACUUCCACACAUUUGACUGGGUCUUCGUGGCGCAGGAGGACACUUACGCCAUAAUCGAGAACCUCCGCUACAUGCUCUCAGUCUAUGACCCAGAGGAUCCCCUCUUCUUUGGCUCCAGAAUUAAGUCGAAGGCGAAACAAGGAAGCGUAAGCCGAAAUGCUGGAUACGUCCUCAGCAAAAGUGCACUCAGAAAAUUCGUUAGAGAAGCGAUGACAGAUGGCAAAAUAUGCAACGCAAAUUUAGAAGGUUCUGAGGAAAAUGAAAUAGGGCUAUGCCUUGAGAACGUCGGGGUCAAAGCGGGUGACUCAAGAGACAGCUUGGGUCGCGGUCGAUUUUUCCCUUGUAAACCCGAUUCGCUGGUUGGGGGCAAGAUACCGCAAGCAUACAAGGACAGCGCUUAUUAUACUCCUAGUACGGUGAGUGCGUUACCAGCAGCUGGGUUUGGAACUAUAAUAAAUUAGUGCAUGUAUGGAAGCACACAAAUACCCUCCUUUCCUCUCU